GGACAAGUAUUUGCUUCCUUACCGAAAACUGUGAGAGGUGCUCCGACUCUGCUGAAAGGCGAUCCUAAAGGGAAGAAUUUUUUAUACACGAACGGCAAGAGCGUGUUUAUCCGUGACAUUGAGGUAAGCUGAGUGUAUUUCCCAUGUAUUUCUGAUCUCAUUGAGAGUACAGUGUCCCUGCUUUUGCCUCGAGCUACAGAGUAUGCUAGCCAUGAAAUUUGGCUUGCAUCGAACAGCGUAACUGGCAGAAUUCUUUAGUCGAAAAUUUCGGUUAAAUAAUGGAAAGUAUUUAAAGCUUUUUUGCAUUAAACCCGAAUAAUUAUAUGCUCUCUCAUGCAACCCUUGUGCACGAUUGUUUGAUGAUAUCUAGAACUUUUGCCUUAUUAGGAAACAUUCAGUAACCAUUACAUUUUUUUUCCAUGAUGCAAUGCUGCAGUAUUGAUUAGGUUUCCUUUCCGUUUCUUAACAAAUACAUUAGCUUGUUCCAGACUCUCAGUUAUUUGGGAAGAGCAAAAGAAAAGCUAGUGUAGGAAAACAAAGAGAGAGAAAGAGGGAUGGAGGAAGAAAGGAUGGGAGAGCCUCUGAUUAAUUUCUUUCUUCAGGGCCUCUUCAGUGUCCACUGUUCCACCAACAGUAUUUUGUCAGACAAUGUCUGAGGUGGAUCUGUUUGGACCUCUCACAUACACUGAAAUGGCCUAGUUUGGUACAAUCUAGUGAAGAUAGAAAGCCAUUCACUAUUGUGACAUGACUAAAUACACAUAAUCUCAUGAUUGAACUCGGUGAUUGUUCAUGAAGACUGACAUCCAGUUGAACACUAUAGUUCUUAAGCAUCAGGUGUUUCAAGGGGAAAGGGCAAAGAGAGAAGGGAAAAGGAGUAGAGUGAAGGGAAAGAAAUGCUUGACACAGACUCUUUCAUUGAAGCCUUCUGCACCAGCACAGCAUUAUUCAACAUAAACCAAUUAACAUCAUUUUAUGGUCGUGAUGUUAUCAAGGUGAUAAACUGUUUUAUUAUAUAAACACCAAUGAAAUACCAGGCGAGCUUUCAUACAAAAACUUGAUAUCUUCACAUGUGAAAAUAACAUGUUAUCUUCACACGUGAAAUAUGACCGUUGCUAUGGCUACAUCAUAAAUUGUGCCUUUCACAGCAAAAAAACUAUUAAAGUGAAAUGGUUUGGUAUUUCAUUGGUGUUUACAUAAUAAAUAGAACAUUACAUGGCCGCUGGGAGAUACGAAAUUUCUCUCCUCCUUGUGCUGAAAACACGAGAAGAGAACACUCGAAAAGAAAUUUUGUAUCUCUGCAAGGCCAUGUAAUAUCCUCUAUAUACGCCAUCCUUAAACCAAAGGAGCAUUUCAAACGAUCAAGCCGAUACUUUUCAAAGAACAGGUUAAAUCUGAACAUUUAUCAAAUGCAGAGUGUAAAUAGAAUACAGUCAGUUAGCUCUGAGAUCACAAAACUUGUGCUUAAAAACAGUGCAAUAAAGAAUAAUAAAGUGAGGCACUUUUAGCUGCAAUUUAGCUGCUUUCACCACAGGCAACCCAAACUCAUGUUACAAGAAAAGGGUGUCAAGUAAUUUACAUGCCAUGGGUGAUGUGCGACCUUUGUGCUGGACGUACUGGUGUUGCAUAACGGUAGCCUGCAUGGCAGACGUAAUUUAACCUCAGUAAGAAAUGUCUGUGAAGCAGCACCGAUAUGCUUGUUCUGGGUCCCUAAUGGACAUAAUGAAUUACCAGAAGGGCAUUUGAAUUUCCUUUCAUCUUCAUUGGCAGAUCGACAGUGGCAAUUUUAACAGGCCAAUCAUGGUGCAUACUUAAAUACAUAAGUACACAAGUGGGGGCAAAGAACAAGGAUUUCAGUGCUGUUUUGCAGAUGGACUCUGAACCAGGGUUUAGUUUCGUUUGCAGCGGAGGCUAGCGUAACAGGCGACCAUUGAGAAUAACAGACUUUAUAUGAGAAAUAAAGUAUUGAGAUCUACAAGGGUAGAAAACUUUAAAUUUAAACUUUUGUUCAAGGAAAUGAAUGAAAAAGACUUACCUUUGAUGUAUUCUACUGUGUUUUGGUGUUUGGUUUGUUGUUUCAAUAGAUUUUUAGGCUCAAUUACGUAACCACUGUAACUCUCUUCAUAAGACAAAUUUAUUUGCCAAAAUUCCAAUCCACUGUAAUCCACUUUCCGUUUUUGACCCUUUAGCUGUCUCUGCUUCACAAGAUGCAGGUGGCCAUACACUUUCCCGCCAAAAUAACCUGACAUUUGGCACCGGCUUAUGUGAAGUGGAUGUACGGACCGUUGGGGUUCGUACACUACGUCACAACCAAAUUUUCUCGGAUGGAUAGUUUAAAAAAAUUUUCUUACCCAUGGUGCUCCGUUGGCACGCUAGUGUGCGCAAGAGCUCCCCUAAAAAUAAUUACUGAUAAUAUAAUUUUGAAUUCAGAAAUGAGGACCUGAUACUAAAGAUGAGUUCGCUCAGUAUAUUACUCGGUAUGUUCACUUGCUGAAGCCAGCCAGAGGAACUCCAAAGACUAUAUUGAUCUUCCUCUUCUUGAUAAAAAACGUGAAUCUUUCAAGACACAAUACUAUUUGGUCUUUUAACAGAACAUUAUUGUGUUAUUCAUUGAACUCUUGGCCAUCUAUAGAAUUGCCACAUAUAUAUUCAAAACAAUCCUCUUUGGUUUUCUCAAAUUAAAGAUAGUCAUUAGUGGCGCAAUGUCAGAUGUGUGUUAUAAUAUCCAACCACUGCCACAUCCAGUUCUUGGAUGUGUCACCUGGUUCACUGUAGGGUCUGUGUCAGGCUUUCCUUUCUCUCUUACCCAGUCCCUCUUUAGUUUCAAAUCUGCUCUUUCCUAACUCCUAAAGAAGGCCUGAUACUCAUUCUAGUGUUUUAGUUUUGUGGGACGUGUAGAGUAAAUAAGAGUUAUUAGACAAGUAUGUAUUUAUACUUCAAGGUCAGGAAUAACUGUUCGUAGUAUUAUCAUACCAGUGUUCCUUGGAUCACUCAGGUUAAUUGUAAAGGAAAAGAAAGAAAGGAUAGCAUUUGAAAGAAUAUUAAUGCAGGAUAAUUCGCAAUGACGCAAAUUAUUUCACUCUAGUUCAUUCACUUGCAUGUUGGCUUCUCUUGGCUUAGCUUUACUUAGAAAAUAAUGAUCAACUCAACUCAACUGACAUUCUUUAAAAUUUUAAUUCUGCAUUAGUUGUGCCUUGUUGUGGGGUUCUCUGAAGUAAAGGGUUUCAUUGGAUGAUAAUAUUAUACUGAGGAAGAUAUUUAUUCAGUCAGUGACACCGGAGGCUUGGAAGAAAAAAUCUGAUUACUUAAUUCCAAUAGGAGUCAAGCCUAUGUCACCUUGUGGGUACUAGUCCAGAUGCUCUACCUUUAAGCCAUAGGGGACUUGUGGGAGUGAACGCCACUGAACUGUUAUUAAUUCUCUACAGAAUCCAGAAAUUUGUGAUGUCUACACUCAACAUGCAAAGGACACUACUGUGGCUGUGUAUGCACCCAGUGGAUUUUACAUUGCUUCAGGAGGUAAGAUCAAUUGUUCUGUAAACCAACAGCCUUAAAUAAUAUUAGCUUUAAAAAUUCUCAGUUUGACAUGGCUAACCUGGACCUUGAAACUUGCAUGAAUAAUCAAGAGCUUUUUUUUUUUUUUUAAAAAAAAAUCACAUUAAUAAAAGAAUGUCAGAAUGAGUUGUUCCUCAAUUUUUGCAGGUAGUCGUAGAAUACCUACUCCUCUUCCUUCUAACACUAAUGACCUCCACCUUUGCUGGUGACAGGUGACAUUGUAAUGCACUUUGCACCAUGUUACACGUAGGUUUAACAAAGAUGAUUUUGGUUCCAGGUUGUUUUGGUCUUCCAGUCGAAGUCUGUUUGACCUUGUCCAAAAUCUUCUUGCAAACGUGUGCUCCUGAGUGUUCAAGCCAAUGAGUUACUUGACUGGUCUUAUAAGCAAGAAAACUUUUCUUAAAAUUUGGCUUAAUCCUGGAGAAAAAAACUUAAUGGUUUGAAUAACUUCAAACUGGGUAUUUCAGCAAGUUUUCCAAGGAUGAAUGGGUUAAUCUGUUGAAAUAACAUUCAUGUUUCAGAUGUCUCUGGAAAACUCAGAAUCUGGGACACAACACAGGAAGAACAUUUACUGAAAUAUGAAUACCAGCCUCUAAGUGGUCCCAUAAAAGAUAUUGCAUGGUCACCAGACAGCAAAAGAAUAGUGGUGACUGGAGAUGGCAGAGAGAAGUAAGCUGUAAUUAUGUGGUACACUUGAACCUCUGCUAACGGCCUGUUCUUUACAGAGGCCACUUUUUUUUUGUCCCAGCUUACAAAAAAUCCAUACAUUAACUCUUGUUUAAAACCUCUCCACAACCAGAGUGCGUUGCACCCCGAACAACUCAAAGAAAAACACGGGGAAGUUUGGUGGGUGAGAGAGUGCAUCGUUCGCUGCUCAGACUUAGAGUUUUCUUUGUGGCAAAUUUUCUACAGCACGGUUAGAGGUCUUACCAAAUUUUAAGACACGCAGGAGUCUUUCAGAUGAGUACGAUGGUUAACUUGGGGAUUGGAUUUCAAUUCAAGAGCCUUUGACUCGUCCAGGUGUUAAACCUGACGAGAAGAUGAGCAUUUGCUCUUCGACUCCGCAACACGGGGGAUAUACAAAUUCCAGCUUGCUAGAAGGUGAUGUGAAAGUGAGAAAAUGUCAUGCAGUGCUAUUCUUAAGAAACUGUAUGAGCCGAAAAUGGAUGUGAUUUUGACCAUUCGCUUCAAAAUAACAGCGGAAAUCGAGAUAACAAAACAUAUGUUUUGUGUCCUACUUUGCAGACGAAAACGUGUAUCGGUAUUUUGAAAAGCAUAAUUAUGUUCUUUCAUUCGUUCAUUGCCAUGGAAUAUGCAUUUCCACUGUUUUUCCACUGUUAAUAGCUUGGUUAAUGCAGCUGGUGAUCAUCUUGUCAGCGGCAGUUUCAUGGAAAAGGAAUAAAAUCAAGACUUUUCCUACAAAAUUACGUAAUCAGCCUCUGUGGUGUAGUGGUUAGGUGUAGUCGCGUUGAGCCCAAGGUGCAGGGUUCAAGUCCUACCGAAUUCUUCAUUCCUUCUUUCUUUUUUUUUCCGCUUUUUGUGUUGUUGUUUUCUAUAAAUAUAUAGCUAAAUAACUGUUACUUAAUAAAGUGCAUCAAACAGCAAGAAAAGUAUUGUGUUUCCAGAGAAAAUAUCGUGCACUGUAUAUUAAAUAUAUGGAUAAACAAUCUGAAUUUCUAUUAUUUCCUACAAUUUACUGUGGGAAAACCAGAGUUAUAACCACUUGAUCAUUUUCUAAACAACGUUCCCACGAGUUCUUUCCAGAGACUGAUAGUAAAUAUUCUAGUACUUUCCAACAUGUAAAUAGAACAUUCAAUGUCAUUUUCGAUUCUUUUAAGUCUCACUACCUAACUAAUGCCAGUAUCAACAGAAUGUGCCGCAGCAUUACUAUCUUUUAGAUACCCUAGUUAAAAUUAAUAUUUUUGCAUGUGAGUUGAUACAUCUAAAUAGAGAAAGAAGAAGUCACACAUUGAAAAGUGACCUUUGAGAAGUUAGUGAAUUUCCAUCUGCUUCACAUGAAUUUUGUGUUAUCUCUGUUUCUUGAAAUGGACAGUAUGAUUGUUUUCUUUUCUUCUCAACAGGUUUGGCAAUGUGUUUUUAUGGGACAGUGGUUCUUCAGUUGGCAGUGUAUCAGGCCAUUCAAAAGCUAUUAAUGCAGUAGAUUACAAACCAACCCGGCCAUUUCGCAUUUGUACAGCCAGUGAGGACUCUGAUGUUGGUUUUUUUGAGGGACCUCCCUUUAAGUUUAGUACUUCAAACAAGGUUAGUAUCAAAAUCUUUAAACAUUAAUUUUUACUCAAAGACUUCCUUGAACUUAAAUUAGCCCUUUAAUUCAGUCCUAGUUAGCUGUUUGAGUUCAAGGUGUCUUGGAGUGCAAAUAAAGGUUUACUCUUUCUCUUUAUCAGUGUAAUUGAAGCCAAUGAACAGGAGCCUGCAUAAUAUUUUGUUUUGUAAUUCAUACAGAAACUUUUGGCAGGAAUACAGUUAUAUUGUUGGAUGUCAUUUGAUGUUAAAGUAACUAAUGACACCAUGCAAUGUUGGAAAAAAAAAUCCCAACUACAUGUAUAAUUACAGCAAAGUUUGAAUGCAGUUUGGAGAACUUGCCCAAAAUUUAAGACACUGUCGACAUUAGCAAAGUUGAAACAAACUCACUGAAUUUCCUAAUGUUUUGAGAGGAAGAUUUAACCAUUCUAUCCUACGGACAACUAUUACAUUAAUUUUGUUUGGGCCUAAUCGUUUUCCCUCCUAUUUUAAGGAUUUUUAUCCCAGGCCAUUGCAAGAGUAGCAAAUUUUCUUUCAGAAAUUUUGUGAUGCAUCAGCUGUCAGCGCCACCAAUAUGGCUGCCACUUGUUGUUAGGUUUCAUUUUGCGUAUUUUUUGUAGUUGUUGCAUCAUUCAUUGUUCUAUGCCUGAUAUGUGGUCAAACGUAGUUUAUAAGGCUCCGUUUGUGCUGUUUGUGUACCUUUCUGUCAAAGUUGCAGACUGCUGGUUCUACAUUAAUAAUCUCCGCUUCAUUUCAAUCUCAUACCAAUAAGCUUGGUACAGUACAGCCCAAAAAUAAUGCACGCGUAAGAACUUCUCAGGGGUUUCAUUAAAAAUUGAAGUAGCCAGCAGGUUUGAAUAGAGUAACCGACAGUAUCAACAAGGGGCCGUUGCUCCCCUUUUUCUAGGGGAGGAGGGGCUCUGGGCACAUUCUAGCCCAGAAAAUUUUGAAAUUUCAAAGUCCUUAAAUACGAUUUUCAGCAUUCUGGGGAAUAAAUUUGAGGACAAAAGAGCAUAUUUUUCAUCCAAGAAAAUGAAGCUUUCAAUUUAUCAGUCACACAAUCAAUUCCUACAAGCAAUAAACAAUUGAUGAAAACUAAAUUACGUACUUUUGCACGUAAACAAAUUCUAGGUAGAGCUAUAAAGAAACUUGUGAAAAAAUGACUGAAAUACAGCAUUCCCAUGACUGAAGCAUAACGUAAAACCAGUGAGCCUUUAUGAAAACACACCAUAAUUACAUUUUCAUUCAGAGUUUGUGAUAUAUUUUUUUGUUUACAACGUUUACAAACUAGUUGCUUUUUCUUUCUAGAAAAAAGUAGGUGAUCUCUAUGAGCAAAGUAGCCGACGCGUUUCGUCGGCCAUCGGUGCUUAUUGAAAACCCUGCUUCUUUUUGCAUCUUCAAGCUGGCAACUUCUUGCACUUGCGCAUGAAUCAUGCAAGACGCAAGAACUUCUUUUCCGGUUAGAAAACCACAAGAAGUUCUUUGCGGUGGGAUUUUUGAACCACAGUGCAACAACUUCUUUGCGGUACAAUUAAAAUCUAUGAAUCUAUAUCAGCUGAAACGGUGGAGAGAAGUCUUCAAAAUCAAGGUGCAUAUUUUUACAGACUAAAACCACAGGAGUUUUUUUCCCUUCAGUCGUUUUUACUUUCAUAGAUUUCAUUGAAAAUUUUGCAGACAAAAUUAUUCAACAGGUCAGAUCAAGGUCAAGCGAGGCAUUUUGCUCAGUGCUUAAAUCGUUUUCAUUGUCAUUUGGUCAAUUUUUUCGGUUGUAUAUCAUCUCUAUAGUUUUCUUGUGAUUUUUAUCAUGACAGUUUUCAUUUGUUUCACUUGUUUGAGUAGCCAUUUGAAGGAGUUUGACUAAUGAUCAUUGGUUCAUCCGACAUUUGCGAGAUCCAGUCUCAGACACUGAAAAUUUAUUAUUUACAAUAAAAUAGCUGUGCCACUUUCCGUAUUUUGUCAGCUGUUCAUCAGUAAUCUAUACUUCAGGCACAUAGUUUUGAACAUUCAAAACCCUAAAACUGUUUUGUUCUUGCUGGUUUACAAUGACUGGAAAAAAUAGAUAGAUAACAAGUGUAAACAAAAAAAGAUGAGCUAAAAAUACCUUCAAUAAGGAUGGGUGAAUUUUGAAAUGGUAUUUAUAAAAUAUUAUCUUGUGCGAAGGUAACCAUUUAAGCAAGGAAAUGUGUACAAUUUUGAUAAAAAUAAGCAACGCUUCAAUAAGAAAUAAGGGACGAUUGUAGUACGUUUGACAAAAGAGUUAGAAUUUUUUUUUACUUCUUGCAUUCCAAAGUUCUUGGGGGUAAACUGCAGAAAUGUGGCACUUGUGGUGGCUUGCAUGUUCUUGCGGUACAGCAACUUCUUGUGCCACUUCUUGCACGAGCAUUAUUUUUGGGCUGUACUGUAGGAGAUCACAACCUAAACAACGUCGGGAUGAGUCUCUCUGGCAAAAACUUGGCGAUUUGGGAAUAAGAAAACCAUUUAGAUCUAAACGUGGUGGUCGAAAUCAUAGUUUUAACUGCAUUCCAGCCAUUACCACCAUAGGUGCCCCACUGUUUUUAAGUGACCAGGAAUGCCAAUCCAAUGCUGCGAGGACUCGUGCUUUAAUCCCUUUAAAUCUUGUUUGUAUUAUUUGGUCUUUGGCCGUAAGAUUGACAAGUUGGAGUGUGUUGUUAAGCAGAAUAAUGUCGAGUAGUUUGUGUUACUGAAACCUGAUUUUUGGUUGUCCAAGACAGAUUAUGAAUCAUAACUCAGAGAAUUUAAAGGUUAUUUACACAAAGUGCUCAAUGGUUUUAUGCAUUAAUUAACUAUCAAUUUAAGACAAGUGAACUGAAAUUUUUGACUUUCUUUGCUGUAACAGUUGUGUGUGGCAGCCCAUUGCCACUAGCAGCACAUACAGCGAGUCCGUUAAUUCAUUCAAAUUGCUUGGUGCUCACAUUACCAAAGAUCUAUCAUGGGCUGUUCACUUCAAUUGUGUUAUUAAGAAAGCCAGCAGAAGGCUCUACUCACUAAGAAAUCUUAGGAAGAGUGGAGUCCAUCUUGAUGAUCUUAUUAUUGUCUACUGUUCGCACAUCAGAUCUGUGCUUGAGUAUGCAGCCACUGCAUUAGCUAAUCAGGGGCGGAUCCAGGAUUUUUUUUAGGAGGGGGUGCACUCGUCUCUGGCUCUACUUCAACACCAAUAAACCACAUAGUUUUUUUUUUUGCAGAAUACCAGUUGUAUAAGAAAACCGCAGGUCAUCUCAAGGGGGGGGGGGGGUGCGCACCCCCUGCACCCUCCGCCUAGAUCCGCCCCUGCUAAUCUCCCCAAUUGUCUCACCACUGACAUGGAGAAAAUCCAGAAGUGCACCUUCUCCAUUAUCUGUUCCUUUACUUCGUACAAAGAUGCACUAGCUAAGGCAGGGAUCGAGAGCUUAAAGCAACAUUGUGAAGAUGCUUGUGUCAAUUUUGAGAGUUAGUCCUGACAACCCAAUCUUCCCUUUAAUUCAUACCAGAAUAAUUGUUCACUCACCUAUGGCUUACUGUAUACACAUUCAAAUUGAUCAAUGACAUUUACCACAGCGCCCGAAAUUAGAAAUAUCCUCAGGUCACCUUUUGGCAACCAACUGGAGAAUUAUAGUCACCAGAUGCCAAUUUUUAGUUGCCAGUUUUGUAUAAUGUAAAUGACGAGGCUCAUAGUAUGGCCCAAUCCAUCAGAUUUGAUUGUUUGAAAGUAUCGCCAACAGAAGUCCAUAUAAAUUUGGAGGUAAACUGGCUUUGUUCAUGCGAUUUGGCACAUUUAUUAUGACGAAAGCAAAGCAAGAUAAGAUAAAAUGUUUGUUUUCACUUUACUCUUUUAAUUUAAAUCUAAAUCAUAGACAAAUUUGGUUGCCAAAGUGGGGACUAAACCAAAAAUUUUAGUCGCCAAGGAGAAAAUGUUAGUCACAUUGGUGACCAUAUCAGUUGCAAUUUCGAGCCCUUUACCACCCUACGAUCUAAUACUGAUAGUUUCACGAAUUUCGUAACUGUUAAGUAUACUACAGUUUAGCGUUCUAAUUAUGUGAUAUUUAUGUAACUGACCUGUACCUGCAAUUCAGCUCUAAGCUGCAAAAGGUGUCAAUAAACAAGUCUUUCAGUCUAUUCUCAUUCUGUAAAAGUCAGUCACCACCAAACCUUCAUUGAUUACUAUAUUAUAAUUACCCAGAUAACCUGAAACUAUGGAGGCAGUGUGGCUGAGCAGUUAAGAGUGUUGAAAUUACAAUAUGAAGGCCCCAAGUUUAAUCCCCACCCGAUCACCCGCACUGGAUUUGUUCAUGGUAGUCUCAUGUGUACAUAGCCAACUAGUCUUCCUCUGGCAAGUUGGGACUCUUACCUUAGUUGAUUUGGAAACUACCAAAACAUCGGGGGUGGAUCCAGGAUUUUUUUUAGGAGGGGUGCACUCGUCUCUUGCUCUACUUCAACACCAAUAAACCACAUAGUUUUUUUUUGCAUAAUACCAGUUCAGUAUUAGAAAACUGCAGGUCAUCUCAGAGGAGGGUGCACACCCCCUGCACCCUCCCCCUAGAUCCGCCCCUGAACAUAAUUGAUUAAUAAUCAUUGUUCAUUUUUGGGGUCAUCAUUUUUGCCCACCCUUGCUCUUUGAAACUGUGUCUUGAAUUGAACUGAACUGUGUUGAACUGUCUUGAAUUGUUUCAAGGUGUUUUUAUCUUAACCAGUAAUGGAAAUUGAAUGUAUUCAUUUUUUGUUUUUUGUUCUCAACAGAGUCAUACCAACUUUGUUAACUGUGUGAAGUAUUCUCCAGAUGGUGAACACUUUGUUUCUGGGGGUGCAGAUGGCCAGGUGAUGGUUACUCAUUGAAUUAUGUAGUUCAUUGUAAUAAGACUCAGUUGUAGCUACCAACUGCUUUAGCGGAGUACUUCUAAAAAUCCUUGUUGCAUUGUAUGCCUGAGCACACAAUAUAGUCUCAUGUUUGUUUUCUAUGGAUACCCUGUUUUGACUGCUGUCAAUUGGCCACAAUAUGGGUGUACAAUAUAAAGUUAAACACAAGACUCCAUAACUCUUUCCCCCUCCUUUCUUAAGGCAUCCACAGUAUGUAGCAGGUGUGACAUUUCACAUUUUUAUCCCUGUUGUGUGAACAGGCCGAUGUUUGGUCAUGUGACAAAAUUCUCGCAGAGAUAAAUAGAUAAGCAAAUUUUCUUACUUAUGUAGCUUUAUGUGGCCACGCCAUUGAAGAAAUGAAAAUCUUUAAUGUUUGGUCAGCUUCUUUAGCUCCAUAGUUGUUGCUUUGUAAUGAAAGACCCUUAACAAUGUAUUUUUCAGAUUUUUCUCUAUAAUGGCAAAACUGGAGAGGAAACUUGCACCUUAGGAGGUGGAAAAGCUCACAAAGGAGGAGUAUAUGGCGUGAGUAUGUGAUUAAAUAUAAUGUAAGUUGAUAAGAAGGUGGCAUAUGAUCAUGCAGGUGAGUGGAGUCCUGAAUACGACUGUUGCUGACAAUGACUGAUGUUUCAACAACCUGUGCGGCAGCCAUCUUUUAGUUCCAGUUAAUUGGAAUCUAAACUUAUACAGAAUCCAACUUGUAAAGAAAGGUUAAAAACUAUGAAACUGACUUUUUUUCAUAUUUUUGUUUCCACGACAUUAUGUUGUGUUUUUUCUUUCAGUUGUCAUGGAGUGCGGACAGCAAGUCUCUCCUCAGUGCUUCUGCUGACAAGACUGCAAAAAUCUGGGACAUCGCAGCCAACACUGUCUCUACGUGAGUUCUUUCCCAAGUAAUCAAAUGAUAAGAAUGAGUGUAGUGUCUUUUCUGUAUCAUUUACAAAAUGGUAGUAGCCCCACCCCGUUGUUGCCUUUACAACUAGUUCAGAUUUGGCCUUCUCCUUUUUAAAGAAAUUUGAGUAUUAGUCCAUGAAUCAAUAGUUUCAGUUAUGCUGGCCAUGUUACCCAUGUGCAAGUAGCUGUUGUCCACACUGAAGCAACUUUUUGUGUGUGACCAAUUUUCCCAAGGUAAAAUUGCCUUGGGGAAAUUUCCAUGGAUACGUCAAAAAGAACAAAAGAAUUACGCAUAACAGUUCGCGAGGUAAGUUCUAUGGGUUCUAUGGAUUAAUAAGAACCCAAAGCAACUCAACCAAUCAAGAGAAGGUCAAAUGUGCAGUGGAACCUCGACAUAACGAACCUCUAUGUAACGAUGUCCUCGGUACAACGAACGAUCUUCUUUACCCAAGUAAUGGUAAAAAUAUAUGCAAAAGUACCUGGAAACCUGGUUGUAGUGAACAUGUAUUGCCAGUCCCUUGGCCUUUCGUUACAUCAGGGUUCCACUUUACCAAACAGUAGAUAUAAUCACUUGUUGUUUACUACCUAUGUUCGUCUUGGCAUCAAAUUCUAUGCAAAACUGGAGUCAAAGUUAAAAAACUUUAAAUGCAUUGAGUGCUGCUGUGAAUGUUUUUGCAUUAGAUAAAUUUAAAAGCAGCUUGAAACACCCGCAAGUUUUCUUUACAUCGGUGUUCAAAAGUGCUUUCUUUAUGAAGCCGUUGGAACGAUUUAUGUAAACCGGUACUCUGACGUUUGAGCAAGAAUUUGCCUUUCUUUUAAGCACAAAUCACGUUUUAGAAUAAAGGGCUGAAUUGCUCUUGCUAAGCUUAAUUGAUGUAAAAGUGUAAGAAUGGUCCAAAAUGUUGACGAUUUGCAAUGUAUAUAGGCCUUCAAUGUUUACAAUAACGUUUACUCUGAAACUCGGUUCAAGUUUUUUCUUUACCUUGGGCAAUUUAUAGGUGUGUUACUGCAAACAUGAGAAUGAUGAAAACCCAGAGCAAACCCAAUUAAAGCUAUUUCGUCAGGGGGGGCUUUGGGGAAAAGGUCAAGUGUAACCACAGCUGAUGACGUGUUUGUGGAAUAUGACUUUCAGUUUUUUGCUAAUUUCACACGGCCUUUGUAUCGUCUCUUAGUGAUCAGGAAAGUUAGGGUUGUGACAUACACUGGCGUCUGGGCGUGUAAACUCUUCCUCUGCAACAUAGGCAAUUCUGUAUUGCAAAGACUCUAUAAUGACAGAAAGAGAAUGCUUUGAAAAUACAUGAUUUUAAAAUUGAAAGAUGUAUCGUCAUUUACCAGCUUAUUCAUUGAUUUGUUUUCCUGUCUGACAGCACACCUCAUCACUGUUUACAUUUGUCUUGUCCUAUUUUCUGUUAAAUCAAUCGACAUAAUAUUUAGAGCCUGUUAAUGUGGACCAGGAAACAUAAUGACUAUUGAUGUUGAAGUUAUUCAUUUUGAUCACUAAUGCUUUUUCAGUGAGUUCACAUUUGGAAAUGCACUUGAGGAUCAACAGCUUGGAUGUCUUUGGCAACAAGAUUACCUUCUCACUGUCUCCCUUUCAGGACAAAUCAACUAUUUGGAUAUUAACAAUCCAUCUUGUCCCAAGAGGAUUAUUAAAGUAAGUGAAUUAGCAUACACUCGAAAAAUAGCUCAACGAAAGCAUUAGUUGCAAAGAUUCUUGUAAAAAAUAGUUUCUGUUCUUGUUUCCGUCAAGGGUAAUAUUUUUUUCUUCCUGUUGACCCUAUAAAUAAUUAAUCAAUCAAUUAUGCUCAACACCUUUUUUUGCAUGGGUGAAUAAAAUAAGUCCUUAUGACCAAUUAAUAAUUAUGUUGUGUGCUGUAUAUGAGAGGUAAAUAUUGAAGUCACUGCAGCGUGUCCCUGUCCAGAAUUUACUAACUCGUGAUUUCUUCUCUCUCAAGGGUCAUAACAAAAAUAUUUUGUCCCUUGCCUCAUCAAAAGAUGGCUCUACUCUAUAUACUGGAAGCUUUGAUACGCGUAUUUGUAUCCUUAAAGUUUAUUCAGUUUUAAGAUUAUUCCAUUAAAACAUCUAGGUUGUGUAUAUUUUUCAGUACAUUUUACAUUCAAUAUUUGGGGGUUUUUGUGGAUAAAUACAGUCCAGAAAAACAGUUUUAUUGUUGACACUUCCCUGUUAGGCAGCACAUAGCUGGUUAGGUUUUUUGGGCUGUGGAAACUUGCAUCGGCAUCGCGGUAAUAAGCAGAGACCGACAACAAUUUUCAAAAUUUCCAGUACUAUCAAACCAAUUAGUUUUUCCAGUUUUUAAAAUUUUUUUCUCGUUUAAGUAAUGAUCCAGGUAAGAAGGGAAGCAAUUUGUUUUGUUGUGGCACAAUACGCUUUCCUCACAUAGAAAUGUUUUCAUUUUUACGCAGAGAAUGCAUAAACCUACAAAAAGGCAGUUUACGAAAGAAAAUGUAUUUAAACUCCACUUUUAAAAGGUGUAUUUUUGUGUUAAAACAUUUCGACCAAUCACAAGAGUUGCAAACAAUGGCCAAGAAAUGUUCACAAUUUUACAUGAUCCGCACAUACGAUUUCUGUGUUACUUAGACUCAGACGAGAUUUUGUUAUAAGGAAGUUGGAUAGAAAAAAAGGGAUUAAUGUACGUGUUGCUUUGCGAAGAUUUCGUAAAAUUUGACGUUUAAACCAAUCAGAACCAUAGUAGAGACAAUAGUAAAAUUAGCACCUUUUUGCAUUCUGACGUGUUCACUGCGCUUUGGUACUUUCCUUCUUAUCUGGACCAUUACUUGAGUUAUUUCAAAAGAAGAGUUCUUCACUAGUCGUCCAUAAGGGUACCCCUGUAGUGGACAUUAGUUUAAGUUAUGUCCUGCAAAACCGGGCCUUUUUUACUUAGCUGCAACUGUGAGGCAAUCAGAGUGCGGAAGCUCACAUUACCCCGGUCAGAUUUCUGCUGGUUGGUAAAUAUAAUAUAAUUCAGGUUUGUCAUAUUCAGGCGUAAAAACUAAGCUUGUGUGUCGGGGGUGGGAGGCAGGAUACUUGUUCAUUUUUCGCCCGUGUUAGUGGAAAACGAAGGGACGAGAUGAGAUCAAUACUUAACACUCUGUAGGUCAAUGGAAGGUAGCCUCUGGGAAUGCCGAGGUAUUCAAAGGCCAAGGACACAAAAAUCAGGUUACAGAUAUGGUUCUGAGCGAUGAUACUUUGGUGACAUGUAGUAUGGAUGACACAGUGAGACUGACGUCAGUACAGACUCUGGAAUAUAGGUGAGUGUGCCUGAUUUGGCACCGAAGUUUUACCUUCCUAAUUUUAGACUUGUUUUACACUUAAGCCUUAGGGUGAUACGUUUUCGUCUUUUCCAUCGCUCUUGUGCCAUUUAAAUACCAUGUUCAAUUACGUCAUAUGCGAUAUAGUUAUGAAUAUCAAACAGGUUGGUAAUACAUAAGAACUAGGCUUAAAAACUACUCUCUCUCAGACUCUUUGUUGUUUUCAGGUCUCACUUUGCAGGGAUGGCAAGUCAGCCAACAGGUAUCGCCUGUGGCAAAGAUGGCCUGACAAUUGCUGCUUGCUUAAAAGAAGUAAGCGUUUAA